AUGGAGGCGCGCUGGCCAGCGAAACGCCUCGAAGAGGCGGAGGCUCAGCUGCGAGAGAUCACGGUGAGCAUUCCGUUUCUAACUGGCUUCGUGCUGCGGCUCCGCAUGACCACCCGAACUUGCCAGGCGAUGGGCUUGCGGCAUUGUGUUCGGCGUUCAAUGGCAUGGCCUGUGGUGAAAUCCUCGGAAGCAGUAGCGGUACCAGUCAGUGCCGUCAUCGCCCCGCCUGAUUCCCUGAAGCCUCGGCAAAUCCAGGAGGCUCGCCGUUGGCUGAAGCACAUCGCCACAGAAACGAACUCGAAGGAGGCUGCGGCCCACUUAGCCAAACCCGGCCUGGAAGGCAUCGCAGCCGCAUGGCAGGCACUGUUACAGGAGGAAGACACCUGCCAAGCGGCGGGUGAUGACUUCCUCGACGAUGCUAGCACUGCUGCUGGCAGUGACCUCUCCGAGCUGCUCUCUGUGGGCUCUGUGGAAUCUGCUGGACCCGGUCCAGGAGCCUACGAACCGAAGUUCGAGGCACUCCGCCCAUCCUUGGCAAAAGGGGCACCAAGCUUUGAUCGCUACCAGGCCCGCGCGAGGCCGCAAGAGCCCCCUGAGGAGGUUCCCGAGAUCUCUUUUGCGGAUUGCCCCCUCUGCCCUACGACUUUGGAAGUAUCGGGGUUUCACCUUCCGAGCUUCUUCUGGGGCAUUUUGGCAGGGCUAGCUCUGGGGCAGGGAACUCAGCUCUACCGCGUCCUUUCAUGCCUGCUUUUGAACCGAGUGGUGUCAGCUCUUGAGCGGCUCGAUCCCGACUUUGACUUCGAACGGGUCAGCUCCGCCCUAAUCCCGAACCCCGCCGUGGACUUUCUUCCCAAACCUCUGUACCCCUUGCAGCGGCCGCCGCCGCCAGUUCGGACCGACAGGCCAGAGCGGCAGGAGCAGGAAUCCUUUGAAGUGCGGGGCUAUUGCGAGGAGGAGGGUCAGCUGAGAGAUAGAACGAUGUCCGAGGCCAGUGAGGAUUCAGAGGCCAGCAGGCCCGACCGCCCCUUGGAGUUGGGCUACGUCUACACUGGUGGCACUACGAAUUUCAACUUCAGUGUUGGCGCCCUCGCGGUUGGCGAGGAGUCAAAGACUGUUGCCAUUGCUUUGAUCACUGACUAUGAGGACCGGGUUGUUGUUGCACUGCCUAGCAAAGCCUGGGACAAGAGGGUGAAGCAUCGUAAAGUUUCGAGCCCUUUUGCUCGCCCUUCCCUGGUCCAAGUUCUUGCUGCUGCUCCCGAUGAUCGUGAGCAGCCUGCCGAUGCUUCAGUUAAAGUUUGGAUCGGUCUCCUCGCUCGACAGGUUGCUGCUGCGGUGGUCUUUGGAGGACCCCCGGAGGAGUGCGACGUCCCUUUCCUGAGCCUGGAGUCCUCCCCUUGCCUUCCUUUUGCAGCUGCUCUGGUGCAAGUUGCAGAUGCAAAGUUUGGUUUUGCCACAGCUCGUUCGGGAGCCGAUGCCUCCCAUGAAGCCCGCCUCAAAGCUAUUGAGGCUUCGCUUGAGAAACUUUCCCGUACCGUCUCGGCUGCAGUUGGUGGCGGUGCUCCUGCUACUAAGGUCCCCGCUCCUCCUAAGCUAGGUGCCAGAGCAAAGACGAAGGCAGGCCGUCCUCCUGAGUCUGUGCCCGGAACCCCGCUGCCGAGGGGCGCCGCCCGUGAAGUCCCUGGCCUUGAUCCCGCUGUCGUCCGAGCCGCCUUGGAUGCUGGCAUCAAGACCGGUGAGCUCGAGGAGCUCAAAUCCCUGCUUGGCGAGAAGCGGUCAGCCCUUCGCGAUUUCCCGCCCCGGAGGAAUGAACUCGAUGAGGCCCCUUCUGAUGGUGCUGCCGGUGCUGGCGUGGGCUCCUCUCCGAUCGAGCACGCCGUGGUGGCUCUGACUAAGAUUGUCGGUGAGCUCUCUCGCGGGAAGCGCUCCCCCGACAAAACGAAUCUCGAGGCUGCCUUGGACAAAGCCGAAGGCUUCAGUACUGGUGCAGAGGGUGCCCUGAGCUCGUCUUCCGGGUCCCGCUCAAAGUCUACAGCCUAUCGUAUCUUGAAGGAGACUGUCAAGUCUGGCCCUGCACAAGUCUAUGGUGCCAUCGAACGGCUUCUCGAAGAAGAUUUGCUUCACCGGCAGCUCGGCGCUGGACUUGCCGACGCAAGGGCCUCCUCCAGGGGGUGGUUGGAACAUCGAUCGCACCUUUCGUUGUAUCCGACUACUGUGCGGCUCCUUUGGGCUGUCACGGGGAUAUGGGACUGCCUAAGGGCAGGCCGCCACGAGGAGGCACGCGCCAGAGCGGCGCUAACCGUCGCUGCCGCUGACCAACAAGCUCUGGACGGGGGGUCGUGGGUCCUUGCUGAGCAUUUUCUGCUUGAGCAGGGACCCCCCCUUUCUGCCUUUGCGAAUCGCAGGAAUACCCAGUACGAGUCGGUUGAUAGCUAUCACUCGCGAAUCUUUGAGCCCGUUGGGCAGAGCUAUGUCUUCACAGAGUUCGUGAGCUUGAGCAGAGAUCCGAAAGCUGACAAGCCCGAGCGUCCGGGUGGCAAGGGCGCAAAAGGUCGGCCCUUCUUUGAAGUACAGUCUGACACCCACGGCGCCGAAGAAUGCAUCGCCAUGGUUCUGGAUUUUCUUUCUUCUGAGCCCUGUCACAGGGUCACGCGGGGUCCUGGCACCUCUUUCCUUUGUGCCGCCUUCACCGGGAAGUUGGCGGAGGCUUCAGCCCGAGCCUGGGCUCGGAUAGCUCAGGCUGUGGACAUGUGGAACGCCCAGCCCCCAGUCACUGCAGGAGACAUGGGCAGGACAGCCGUCAAGGUUGAGAAGGUUGAGGCUCAGGUUCGCGCUUUAGUCGUCGUCGACCCCAACGCUCGCUGCUCAUCUCUCCCCGACCUCAACCUAGCAAAGGACGUCGAGGUUUCUCGGGUUAGCUUGCCUAAGAGCCGUCCCGCCUUCGACCCGGCUCCUUUCUUGGACAAGGAUCUUCGUUCGCUGUACCUCAGCCCAAGCCUCCACAGCAUACGCCUUGAAGAUGCUCCUGCCCCUCCACCUCGUGUCAACUUCAGGUGUCCCUCCAAAGCUGCUCGAAUGGAUUUGCUGUCUGCUUUGGAUGCAUCCGGCCGCCUCCGUCUUUUCAGAGGCGACUUACGCGACCAUCGCACUGCCUGUGGGCUGUUCGCAAUCCCUAAGAGUACAGAGGCCGACAGGCUCAUAGUUGAUGCCCGCCCUUCCAAUCUCGUCAUGGCUUCGGACAUGUCCUGGCUUGGCACCAUGGGGGCGGCCUCUGCUUUGCUUCGGUUUGAACUAGAGGACUCAGAGCAGCUCUACUUGUCAGGUGAGGAUAUCAGAGAUUGUUAUCACCAGUUCCUCGUCACGGAAGACCGCUCAGCCCACUACCGGCUCGUGGGUUUCUACCCACCUGCCUCUCUGCAGCACCUUUCUUGCUUCACCGCCGACCUCAUGCAGGCCCCUUGUGUUGUUGCAGCCCUGAACUGCAUGGCUAUGGGUGACGUCAAUGCAGUCUCGAUAGGACAAUCAAGUCAUAUCGGUCUCGUGCUUUCGACUGAGCUGGUCUCUUUUGAGCAGUUGGUGUGUUUGCGAAACCCCCCUCCUCGGCAACCCCUCGGGCUCGGUGUCAUUAUUGACGAUCUUAUUAUCAUUGAGAAGGCCGCCCGAGGACAAGACUUCGACCCACAGUCCUGCCACAGCCCCCGCAUCGUUGCACGGAUGCACGAGGUCUACUCGUCGGUUCGUCUGCCGCGCCACGACAAAAAGGGUUUCUUCAUGGAAAGUCGAGCUUCCUUCUGGGGGGCCGACGUGCUCGGGGACCUAGGGCUUGUGCGUCCGGCCUGGUCUCGCUUGUCCCCACUCGUGUCCCUGACCCUUGCGGUGAUGGAGCUCCCGGCGCUGUCGGUUUCUCUUCUUGAGGUAUUGGCCGGGUCGUGGGUUUCCGUGCUCUCUUUUCGGCGUCGGGCCCUCUGUUUGCUCGACCAGGUCUUUAUGCUUCAGCGAGGUCGCGGCCGCUUUGACUUGGUCGAGAACACCGUUGCCCUUCGAGUGGAGUUGUACUCUUUGUGCGCCCUUGCGCCCUUGAUCCGCACCGACCUUCGUGCGAAAUCAACUGGGCUUAUCGUUGCGUCUGAUGCCUCUGACGACUUAGGUGCCUACGUCACCUGCCGGGUUGCCCCCGGCCUCACCCGUGAGCUGCUGCGCCACGUGCCUACGAAGGGCCUCUGGGCGCGGCUUCUGUCUCCUUCAGAGAGUCUGCUGAAGCGUCGCGGUUUUCUGCCUCCUGAGAGUGAACUGCCGGGCCAGGUGUACCGCACGAGCCCGCUGUGGACUCAGCUUGCUCAGGCACUUGCUUUCCGACUCGGUGCCGUGUUUCGCAGGCGCCGCUCUGACCACAUAAACUUGAAGGAGAUGGACUCCUACUUGGCUGUUGAAGCAGCUCUUGGUUUUCGUGACUGGGAGUCCUCUCGCUCUCUGGCUUUGCUGGACUCCCAGGUUUGCCUUGGAUCUCUCCUCAAAGGGAGGUCUGCCUCUUUCUCCAUCAAUCGCCGCCUCCGAUCUGCACUCGGCGGCCUUCUUUUCUUCAAUCUGCAUCCCUCCUGUGCCUAUGUCGCAUCGGCCGACAAUCCUUCCGAUGAUCCCACUCGUCUCGCGCCGCUGCGGCUUCCUGCCAUCCCCGAGCCUACCUGGCUUAGGCUUGCGGAGCGUGGUGAUUUCUCUGCGUUAGAUUCUUUCCUUAAGGAGUGCAACUUGCAUCCCCUUCAGGUCCAAGGUUUCGACACCCUUGCCGAGAAAUUUGCCGCUCGCGACACUUCCCCUUGUGACUACAACGAGCCUUCUGCUAAGCCUGACCAACAGUCUGCUGCUUGCCUCCCCGGCUUCUCUUCCAGUGGAGCUGCUCAGACCGAAGCUCCCGGCGCUUCGGGCCCUGGAUUUGGGCCAAGCGUCGGCUCUUUCUUGCACAGCUGCUCUCGUCGCCAGUUUCUUUGGCCCGCAGGCCAGCGACCUUCCCAGCACUCUGGCCCGUCGACCCCUGGCUACUUGUGUCUUUACGCUGGAGCACGAGGUGUCGCGAAAGCUGCGGUGAAGGUCGGUUUCCCGUGGUCCCUCACCUUCGACUGGCUCCACGGUGCACAUCAAGACUUGCUGGAUCCUGGCCUGCAGGAGCGCGUGCUGGAAAGCCUUGCAGGGCACGCCUUCAGUGCCGUGGGCCUUUCUCCAGGGUGCCCCACUUUCAGUGCAGCUGUUCGUCCUCCCCUUCGAAGCCUGGACUACCCUGCCGGCCUGCCCGACCUCCCUGCAAGCUGCUCUUCCCGAGUCUGCCACGACAACAAGCACUGCUCGUUCGUCGUUCGUGUCGUUAGGGUUGCGGUUAGCUUAGGGGUCCCUUUCUGGCUGGAGAAUCCUGAAGGAAGCUGGUGUUGGAAGCAACCCGAGGUCGUCGAGUUGGUCGGGAGCUGCCAUGGCUUAGGUUUCUGGGUCUUCGACUGCUGCCGUUUCGGGUGCAAGUGGCGGCGCCGUACACGGGUUCUGACCUCUACAGCUCUAAAGGGCUCGAAGCUGCUGUGUUCAGGUUGUGCCGACCACCUCGUGCUUCGUGGACGUGUAGCUGGUACACUUCUCAACUGGACGAAGGCUGCCGAAAGUCUUCCUCAGCGAGCCUGCGAAGAGCUGGCAAGAGCUCUCUGGACAGAUGUUACCAGGCCCGGGGCUUCUGUUAGCAGCUGUGUACGCGACAACGCCGACCGCAUCGGCGAGGCAAAAGUGCCGGGUCCCCGCCAGCCUCUCCAAGCACGGACUGGGUCUCUUUUCGACGUCGAGCUCGUCGAUCAGAAGACGAUCUCGCUUAGGGCCUGUGGGAAGCUUUCGUAG